AAGCUUCAUGAACAACAUACCCUAACCCUAACCCCAGAUGCAUCCCAGGAGGAGAUCCCUUCUCCUCCUCAUCUUUGCCCUCUCCUCCGCCAUCCUUCUCCUCUGUUCCUCUCGCCACCUAUCCUCCACUCAACUCCACACGCUUCCGAACCCUAGCACCAAUUCCAUCCCUAACUUCUCCUUCACUAUCAAGCUCCUCACUUUUGACCGGCUUGCUUCCCUCCGCCGGUGCCUCCACUCCCUCGCCGCCGCUGACUACUCCGGCGACCGCGCUGAUCUCCACAUCUUCGUUGAUCACCUCCCCGUGAAUGCGUCCGGUCUUGUGGAGCGGAACUUGGAGGAGUCUCACCGGAUUUUGGAGUUCAUUGAUGGGUUCGGGUGGCGCCACGGGGAGAAAUUCGUGCAUUACCGGACGGGAAAUGCAGGGCUACAGGCGCAGUGGCUGGAGGCCUGGUGGCCGGCAUCCGAUGAUGAGUUUGCGUUUGUUGUGGAGGAUGACCUCGAGGUGUCGCCAUUGUACUAUAAGUUCUUGAAAGGUUUGAUCUUGAGGUAUUACUAUGAUAAAUCGAACUAUAGCCCUUUGAUCUAUGGUGCUUCCUUGCAGCGACCGAGGUUUGUUGCCGGAAAACAUGGAAACAAACUAAAGGUGGACGGUGAUGCACAUCUUUUCUUAUACCAGAUUGUUGGCACCUGGGGUCAGCUUCUCUUUCCAAAACCAUGGAAAGAAUUUCGUUUGUGGUAUGACAUUCACAAAGCUAAAGGACUCAAGCCAAUACUGCAAGGCAUGGUAACAACAGGAUGGUAUAAAAAGAUGGGUGAGAGAAUAUGGACUCCUUGGUUUAUCAAGUUCAUACAUACAAAGGGAUACUACAACAUCUAUACCAACUUUUUGAAUGAAAGAGCUCUUAGUGUUUCUCACAGGGAUGCGGGUGUGAACUAUGGAAAAUCAGCUGGUCCUGAUUCCAACUUACUACAAGAGAGCUCCCUCAACUUCAAACUGUGGGAAAUGCAGCCAUUGAGGAAGUUGAAAUGGUAUGACUUCUGCUUCAGAGAAGUGCAUCCUGGGAGAAUUGUGCGUAACCUUGAUGAACUUGGAUCUGUUCUUGAAUUUAUGCAGAAACAGACAACAGUCACACUUAUAAGCUUGUACCGGACUACAGAAAAGAUUGCUAGAAACCUGCUUUGCCAUCUCGAAAGGCUGGAUGUGCUGAAUAGCAUUUUCGUUGGGAAUGACUAUGAAUUUCUGCUUGAUUUAUCCAGGAGGGGUUACCUGGUUAUUGAUUCAGAGCAGUUUGUUAGCAACAUUAGAGAUCAAAGCUUGAUGACGCGAUCAUCUGAGAAAAGAGUAAUAAAGGAAAUCCUGGUUAAGGCCAGCAUAUUACACAAACUUUCCGAGUCUGGAUACAAUGCUUGGUUGAUUGAUGGGAACAUAAUUCCAGUAAGUGAUUCUUUCUACAAGCUUCCAGAUCCUUCUUGUGACAUCAUGGCUGCAAACAAUGUGGAAAUUUUGUUUCUGAAGAGCUCUUCAUCAAGGAUAUUAGGUGCUGAUUUUGUGUCAAAGGUGGGUGAAGCUGGGAUCUCUUUAAUUUCUAGCAGUUCGGCACCCCCAGAGCACAAGCAUUUUGCAUGGAUUGUCACCAAAGCUCUUGAAGGCAAAGCUAAUGUGAGGAUCCAUCAGUUGGAUGUCGACAUGCAUGGCGUAAAAUUGAGUAGCAAUACAGUGGAUGGUGCUUAUUCAGGAACAAGUAAGAAGUGGGUUUUCUGGCCCCUGAGCUUGGAUAUCGCCUUGAUACAGCGGAGUUUACAGGCCAUGAACAUGUGGUUGAUUGAUGAGGACUUGUCUUGCACCGCCGUCGUUUGCCAUGGAAAGUAGAAACCUGUGCAGAUACGUCAAGCUUGAUAUUCCUUAUUAUUCAGUCACCCCUUCUUUCUAUCCGAAGCAACAAUUCUUGUUGAUCAGAAGUGCUCACAUUCAAUUUACGUUCUUGUAUACAUACUGCAUUUUAUUUGGACUACAAGUGCUUCAAAAAUUUUGUUAUCACUAAUGCUCAA